AUGGCAGAAGCCAGUAUCUCCUGGGCUGAGGAUCAGUUCAUGUGUCCAGUGUGUCUGGAUCUACUGAAGGAUCCAGUGACGAUUCCCUGUGGACACAGUUACUGUAAGGGAUGCAUCUCUGGUUGCUGGGACGAGGAGGAUAGGAAGGGAAUCUACAGCUGUCCUCAGUGCAGACAGACCUUCACACCAAGACCUGUUUUAGGUAAGAAUGUGGUGUUUGCUGAAAUGGUGGAGAAACUGAAGAAAACGAGACUGCAAGCUGCUCCUCCUGGUCCUACUCUUCACCAUCACACUGGAUCUGUAGAUGUAAAGUGUGAUUCCUGCACUUUAAUUGAACGGAAAGCAGUGAAAUCGUGUCUGGAGUGUCGAAGCUCUUACUGUCAAAAUCACCUCAAACAGCAUGAGAAUCUCUUCAGAGGUAAAGCACACAAUCUUAUGGAUGCCACUGGACGACUGCAGGAGAUGAUGUGCCCUCAACAUGAUAAAAUGCUGGAAGUUUACUGCUGUACCGAUCACCGGUGUAUCUGUGUGCUGUGUUUGGUGGAUGAACACAAAAAUCAUGACACUGUAUCAACUGUAGCAGCGAGGACAGAGAAACAGAGACAUUUGGAGGGGAAACAGAGACAAUUCCAGAAAAUAAUCCAGCAGAGAGAGAAAGAUCUUCAGGAGCUGAGAGAGGCUGUGGCGUCUCAUAAGCGUUUUGCACAGACAGCAGUGGAGGACAGUGAGAGGAUCUUCACUGAGAUCAUCCGGUCCAUUGAGAAACGUCGCUCUGAGGUGAAGCAGCUGAUCAGAGAUCAGGAAAGAGCUGCAGUGAGUCGAGCUGAAGCACGAGUAGAGGAACUGGAGCAGGAGAUCAAUGAUCUGAAGAGGAGAGACACUGAGCUGAAGCAGUUUUCAGAAGCACAGGAUCAUGUUCUUUUCCUUCAGAGUUGGCCUCCUGUCUCUUUCUCUGAAUCUACAGACGGCUUCACUGUCAGUUCUCAUCUCUCUUUUAACAACGUAGUUGAGUCUGUCUCUCGACUCCGAGACAAAUUGCUGCAGUUCUGCACAGAGACUAUAGAAAACAUAUCUGGAACAGUGAAAACCGUCCGGGUCAUUGGCGCUCCUGAAUAUCAGACCAGAGAAGAGUUUCUCCAAUAUUCUGGUCUGCUGACUGUGGAUCCAAACUCAGUGUUUAACUGGCUCCAUCUGUCUGAAGGAAACACGGUGAUGACUGUCACUGACACACAUCAGCGGUAUCCUGAUCAUCCAGACAGAUUUGAUACUUGGGCCGAGGCAUUGUGUAGAGAGAGUGUGACUGGACGCUGUUACUGGGAGGUGGAGUGGAGCGGUGAUGGGACGUCAGGAGUGGAUAUAGCAGUGACAUAUAAGAGCAUCAAGAGGAAGGGAGGUGGAUCUGAAUGUGCAGCUGGACGUAAUGACAAAUCCUGGAAUUUGUACUGCACUCCCACUUUCUGCUCAUUCUGGCACAACAACACCGAGACUGUCCUUCCUGUAACCCGUGUGUCCAGUAGAAUAGGAGUGUUUGUGGAUCACAGCGCAGGGAUUCUGUCCUUCUACAGCGUCUCUGACACAAUGAGCCUCAUCCACAGAGUCCAGACCACAUUCACUCAGCCGCUCUAUGCUGUGUUUGGAUUUGAUAUACAGACAGCGGUGAAACUGUGCCGUCUGACCAAUUAA